CCAGACUUUCCAUGCAUUUCAAUACUCCACCACGACCACUAGUCACGAAUCCCAUGUCCCUGGCUUCGGUCACUGUCAGCGUCACGGCAUGGCGACAUACCUCGACGUCUUAUUAGUGUAGCAAAGGCUCGAGUAUGUAACCACCAUAUAACUCUCGCUCCCGCCCCAAGCCCGAAACCACGAUGAACGAACUAGCUCCCUGAACCUAUUUGAGCUCAUUCUCGACGAGCAUCAUCAGCAAUUAUGGGGCUCAAAUCGAUUACACAGCACUUCAACAAGAGACUCUUCGCCUCCGUAUUCCUCAUCGCCGUGUCGCAGUUCAACUAUGGCUUCGACAACCAGGCCUUCACCUCGACGCAGGCCAUGGAUGCCUUUGAGCGGCAAUUUGGCGAGUACGACGACACGACGAGGCAGUGGAAGAUUCCGACAUACUUUUUGUCGUUGCUGAAUAGUCUGAACUACAUUGGCUUUGCUGCCGGUCUUGUGGUCGGCAGUCUAAACAGCGCACGCUUCGGCCGUCGAACGACGAUGAUCGUUAUGAGUGUCUACGCCCUGAUUAGUGCCACAGUGGUGGUUAUAUCCACAACGAAGGAACAAAUUCUCGUAGGCAGAAUUCUCAACUAUGUCUACGUCGGAUUUGAACUAGCUGUUGUGCCCGUGUACCAGUCAGAGAUCGUCCCUGCUCCUGUUCGAGGAAUGGUUGUUGGAACAUACCAACUCUCCAUUGGUCUUGGCGGACUUGUUAUCAACUCUAUCUGCCGCGGAACCUCAAACUUUCAAGAUAGCCGUGCUUACAGGAUUCCCUUCGGUCUCUUUUACGUCAUUCCAUCAAUCGUAUUAGCUUUGAUCUGGUUCAUUCCAGAGUCUCCCCGCUGGCUCCUCCUCCGAGACCGCGUGGAUGAAGCUAGAAAGUCCCACCAUCUCCUCCGCGAAGGAACCAUGUCCGAAGAAGAUAUCGCCCACGAGUUUGCCAAGAUUCAACAAUCUCUCCUCGAUGAACCCGAACAAGGUCGAACGAAAGAGCUCUUCCAGGGCGUGAACCGCAAGCGCACUGCCAUCGCCGUCGGCAUGUCUUUCUUCCAGCAGGCGACGGGUCAGGCUUUUGCGUCGCAGUAUGGAGCCGUCUGGGUCAAGUCGCUCGGCACACUGAACCCGUUUGACGUCACCUUGGGGUCGUCAGCCCUGACGACGGGGUUGAUUAUUACCUGCCUUUUCUUAACGGAUCGGGUUGGACGACGCAAAAUUCUACUUGUUGGUGCUACGGUUCAGGCAGUUGCACUUUACACAAUGGCCGGCCUCGGCGUGCCAAAGCCUGUACCAAAUGCCAAUAAGUCAGGCAUGGUCGGCAUGCUCCUCCUAUUCGGCGCCGGCUUCGGUCUCGGAUGGGGCCCCCUAACCUACGUAGUCGUAACCGAAGUCCCAGCCCUCCGCCUCCGCGACCGCUCUCAACGCGUCUCUUCCCUCGUCAACAUCUUCAUGAACUUCCUUGUCAACUUCACCCUGCCCUAUCUCCUCAACGCGCCCUACGCCGCGCUACAGAGCAAGGUCGGUUUCAUCUUCGGCAGCAUCGCAGUCUGCUCCGCGCUAUUUGUCUUCUUCUGCGUGCCAGAGUGUAAGGGGAGGAGUCUGGAGGAGAUUGAUCGCAUGUUUCACGACGGCGUGCCGGUGAGGCACUUUGGAGACUAUCCGAGAUCCGAGAUUCAGGUCAGCACGGUCAAGGUCGUUGAUGAGGAAGAGGCUGGUGAUCAGCAUACUACGCUAGAGGAGGUCAAGUAA